ACACUGGUUGUCAUGACAACCAUUCAAUAAACAAGAUGUAAAUAGUAAAAAGUGUCUCUUAUUUACGCUUCAGAAAUAAACAUAUAACUGGCGACGAGGAUAAAAAUUAUGUCUUUCUUGGGAAGUAUACCAAGUUUUGACUACAAAACUACCGAGUGGUCAAUUUUCAAGUCAAGAUUGUCGCAAUUUUUAAAGAUAAAUAAGAUUGAAGAUGGUGACAAAGGCGGAGUUCUCCUUACACACGUAACGGACGAAACUUAUCGGUUGAUUCGGAACCUAUCUUACCCGCAAGAGGUCGAAUCACUAAGUUAUUCUGAACUCGUUUUAUUACUCGACGGGCAUUUCAAGCCGAAGGUAUGUACAUUUGCCGAUAAGGCGAAUUUUUACGAAGCGACAAGAAGUCCAGGCGAAUCAUUAGGAGACUGGGCGGCGCGACUAAGAGGUCUCGCAAGCUAUUGCGACUUCGGCGCCGCUCUGGAAACGGUAUUAAGAGAUCGUUUCGUCCUCGGUCUGGGCUCGGGGCCCGAACGCGACAGGCUGUUCGAACAGAGCCCGACCGCAUUGACGCUCACACGGGCUAUUGAACUGGCGGAGCAGGCUGCGUGCGCGAGGCAAGCGAAACUAAGGUGCAGCAGCGAAGCAAUGCUCACCAAAGAAGAGCCUAUAUAUCAACUAGGACAACAAGAUCACUGCAGACGGAGCGGUAACGGCCGUCGGGUCGGCGCUAGUACGUCGGGGUCAUGCGGCGCAGCACCGCGCCGUGAUCUGCGAUGGGAAACUUCUUGCUGUGCGGUGUGCGGGAUGAAAAGUCAUCAUAGCGAUAAGUGUCGGUACAGACAUUACACUUGUCAAAAAUGCGGGAAGAAGGGUCAUCUAAAGAAAGUUUGUGGUAAUGACAGAAACAGAGGGUUUUAUCAUGUCGACUCGGAUUAUGACGGGCAGGGAACGGAGAAUGAGGAGUGCCAGAGCUUCCAGAACUUUAAUAUGAGGUAUGUUACUGAUAAACCUUAUAUGAUUGAUGUAAUGGUCGGUGAUCAGGAAUUGACAAUGGAACUCGAUUCAGGUUCUGGUAGAUCUGUAAUUUCGGAUUUUUUAUAUCGUAGUAAAUUUGUAAACUAUUCUCUAGAAAGAAGUACACUAAGAAUGUGCUUAUACGAUGGCCGUAAAAUUUGCCCGUUAGGUUAUUUCAAUGCUGUGGUAACAUAUAACAAUUUACAAAAAGUUAUAAGAUAUAUGAUGAUUGGAUGGCCGCGUAAGGUUAAUUGUGAAGCGAUUUUGCCGUACUUUCUUUGCAAGUCUGACCUGCAGUUUGAGAACGGAUGUUUAUUUAGAGGACAUCGAAUAGUUAUACCGACUGAUUUGCGGAAUAAAAUGUUAAGUGAAUUGCACGACUCGCAUUUAGGAAUUAUUAAAAGUAAAAACAACGCUCGUAGUCGGAUGUGGUGGCCCGGUAUCGACCGGGACAUUGAACGUUGGAUCGGGUCUUGCGAGGCAUGCGCUAGCGUACGCGCCGCACCGCCACGCGCGCCACCCGCGCCCUGGCCCGCCGACGCGGCGCCAUGGCAACGAGUGCAUAUAGACUAUAUGACCGUAGGAUCAAGGGUAUACUUGGUGGUGGUGGAUUCGCACAGUAAAUGGUUAGAUUGUUUGUAUAUGAAUAAUGGAACUUCAUCUUCGGCUCUAAUUGCGAAAUUAAAAUACCUCUUUUCAAAUUUUGGUAUUCCUAACGUUUUAGUGUCCGAUAAUGAUGUUAAAAUAAAUUCAACUGAGUUUAAAACAUUUUGCAAUGCUAAUGGUAUUAAACAUAUGACGUCGCCCAUAUAUCAUCCGCCGAGUAAUGGCCAGGCGGAAACCUCGGUACGAACGUGUAAAAAAAUGUUAAGAUGCAUUAUGAAGGAAAAUAUUCCUGUUCAUAAAAUUGAUGAAAUUUUAUUGGGCUACCUAUUUAACUAUAGAAACACUGUACAUUGUACCACCGGUGAAACACCUGCCAAGUUAAUGUUCGGUAGAAACUUGCGAUCUCGAUUAGACUUAGUGUUACCUUGCAAUAAAAAUUACAAUGGUAGUGAGCAGACGCCCAUUUCAAGAAGUUUUGAAAUCGGAAAUAAGGUUUGGAUCCGUUGGUAUAGUGGACGCAAUGAUGCGUGGCGAUUAGGUACGAUAAAGAAUAAAAUAGGCCAUAGAAUGUACGAAAUUAAGAUGAAAGAUUUAGAUCUAACUUGUAUUAGGCACGUUGAUCAGAUCAGGAGGUAUACCGGGUGUGAUCUGAACUCCGGGAUGAGCACACAGUGCUAUCAAGACUACGGUCCGCCGGUGUUAGUGACUGCAGGCGAUCAUUUUACCCCACCACGACAACAUUCGUUGCCAGCUGAGGCUGAUCCACCAAGCGUGCCGACCGAUCAUCAACAAGCACCGCCAGGGUUGAGUGUUAGCGGCGGUACCGUAGGAGAGAGUGAGGCUAGAGUUGAUGAACAGCAGGUUGUAGAGGAAAGGGAUUUUCGAGUAAGUGAUCGGCCGGAGCAGCAGGUUGCAGCUGUCGGGUCAUCUAACCUGCCUUGUGUUGUUGAAGGGCGGGCGCGGGAGAUAAAUACUGUGGAGGCGGGCGCUGAGGUCGCGCCUGUGGAAGGGCCCACUCAACUCUCGACAUUUAAGUAUAUGUCAUUUACUAAGAAAGCCAUCGCAACUGCUAAGGCACAGGCACAAGAUAAAUUAUAUGAAUCCCUGAACAGCCCGCCGGGACAAAAACGCCUGUUCCGUAUAGCAAGAGAGAGAGAAAGGAAUGCAAGAGAUGUAAACCACAUCAAGUGUAUUAAAGACGAUGAAGGAAAUGUAUUGGCGGAUGAUAAUGAUAUUAAACAGCGUUGGAAGGAUUAUUUUGAAAAAUUGAUGAACGAAGAGAAUAUUUGGAGCGGAGUGUUGGAAAAAGUGCCGGUUAAUAUUGGUAUGGUGAAAGAGAUUAGCGUGGAUGAAGUAAAGAAAGCUGUGCAAGGUAUGAAGAACGGAAAAGCAGUUGGGCCGGAUGGAAUACCAGUGGAAUUAUGGAAGCUCCUAAAGGCGGACGGAUUGGUGUGGCUGACUCCAUUCUUCAACAAGUUGUUACAGGAAGAGGUGAUUCCAGAUCAGUGGUGUAGAAGUUCGCUGGUGCCAAUUUUUAAAAACAAGGGUGAUGUACAAAUCUGCCUACAUCAGGGUUCGGCUUUAAGUCCGUAUCUCUUCCUCCUGGUAAUGGAUGCGCUAACAUCAGACAUACAGGAGGAAGCACCCUGGUGUAUGCUUUAUGCUGAUGACAUCGUGCUUGUCGGGGAGGAUGAAUGCGAGGUGCAGAGCAGUUUCCUUCACUCCUAA